UUCACAGUGUGGCCCGGUCUGCUGAACAACCCCAACAAGGCCUUGCCGGAAGGUGGCGGAUUCGCGCUGGAGAAGUACCACACGACGACUUUCAGAGUGCCCGACGGAUGGGCAGGUCGAGUCUGGGCGCGAACCAACUGCAACGGCGCCGGCCACUGCGAGACCGGUGAUUGCGGCAACAAGAUCCAGUGCUCCGGCGCCGGUGGCGUUCCCCCGGUCUCCCUGGCCGAGUUCACCCUGGACGGCUGGCAGGGACAGGACUACUACGAUGUUUCCCUCGUCGACGGCUACAACCUGCCGCUGGCCAUCUUCCCCAUUGACGGCACCUACAAGCGAGUGGGCGGCGGCAAGUACGACUGCAACAACGCCGGCUGCAAGGCCGACAUUAACGCCCACUGCCCCAACGAGCUGGCGCAGAAGAACUCCGCCGGAGCGACAGUCGCUUGCCGCAGUGCCUGCAUGCAGUUCAACACCGACGAGUACUGUUGCCGAGGAGCGCACAACAAGCCCGAGACUUGCAAGUCCCGCGACUGGAAGGUCAACUACCCAGCCAUCUUCAAGCAGUCAUGCCCGGACGCCUAUUCCUACGCCUACGAUGACACCAGUUCCCCCUUCACCUGCCACAGCGCCGACGGUCGCAAGACUGGCUACGUCAUCANACAACAACGACAUUAUUGA